AUGCAACACAUUAAUUUUCUUUUAUUGCACAGUGAAGAAAAUGUCUGGAAGCUCUGUGAGCACAUCCGAGAUCAGAGUGAAAGGCCUCUGCAAGAAUUUUAUGCUGUGUUCCUGUCCAAUGAAAAGAGAAUGAUACCUAUUUGGAAACAGCAAUGUGGUAGACGAGAUGAACCUGUAAUAUGGGACUAUCAUGUAAUCUUGCUCCAUGUCUGCAGUGGAGGACAGCGGCUGAUCUAUGAUCUAGAUAGUGUGCUGCCAUUCCCGUGCCCCUGUGAGUUAUAUGUUAAGGAAGCUCUCCGAUCUGAUCAGAAUAUACGGAAGGACUUCAGAAGAAAGCUAAGGUUAAUACGGGCAGAUGAGUUUCUCCAGACGUUUGCUUCUGACCGUAGCCAUAUGAAAGAUGCAGAUAAUAAGUGGAAGAAGCCUCCACCUCCUUAUCCUUGUAUCCGUACUGCAGAAUCGUCCAUGAACCUGGAUGAUUUCAUCAGUAUGGAUCCUGCCGUGGGGUAUGGCAAAGUGUAUACACUGGAAGAGUUUACAGAGCGCUUCAGCACCCCCCUAUGA